AUGGGAUCAAGACCAGAAUAUUAAUGUCCGCCUGAAAUAUAUUAUAAUAAAGAUGAAGCUUCAAAAUAUUCGAAUUCAACUCGUAUAAUAGAUAUCCAAUAUUAAUUAACAGAACGUUGUAUUGAAUUAUUAAAUCUUCCUGAAAAUGAAUCGUAGUUAAUUCUAGAUAUAGGAUGCGGAAGUGGUUUAUCAGGUGAAGUAUUAAGCGAAGAUGAACAUACAUGGAUAGGGAUAGACAUAUCAAGAGAUAUGUUAAACAUAGCAAUUGAUAGAGAAACAUAAGGAGAUAUAUUUGAAAUUGAUAUGGGUUAAGGUUUUAGUUUCCGACAUGGUAUUUUUGAUGCAGCAAUUUCAGUUUCUGCUUUGUAAUGGCUUUGUGUAGCUUCUAAAAAGGCUCAUAAUCCAAUUUAAAGAUUAAAAAAAUUUUUUACAAGUCUUUAUAAUAGUUUAAAGUAAGGAGGAAGAGCUGUUCUUUAGUUUUAUCCUGAUGGAUCUUAAUAAUUAGAAAUGAUUACAACUACAGCUAUGAAAUGUGGAUUUAAUGGAGGCGUUAUUGUUGAUUUUCCUAACUCCACUAAGGCUAAAAAACUUUAUUUAGUUAUUAAUGCUGGAGGAGAUAAUAGAGGAGAUGAUAUUGUGCUUAUUGAAGGAAAAAAUGAACUUGAUAAUGAAGAAGCAAAAGUUAAUCCUUUAGAUAAGAGAAAAAAAAUUUUGAAGGGUAAGAAUAACCAAAAACCGAAGUAUAAAAGCAAAGAAUGGAUUCAAAACAAAAAAGAAAGAUAAAGAGCCUAAGGGAAGGAUGUGAGACCUGACUCUAAAUAUACAGGAAAAAGAAGAGGAGGAUUAAUUAAAAUUUUAAAAUGAUUUUUUUAAAUAAAGGAUUUUAAUUAUUUGUUAUAAUUA